AUGGAAAUCCCGGGGCUGCUCCCGGCCCGCGGGGCGCCGCAGGCCGGCGGCGCCCGCAGCCCCGCGGGCGGCGGCCGCGUCCACGGCGCCCUCGACCCGCGGGCCGGCCAGGCCCCCGCGCGCCGCCUCCUGCUGCUGCGGGGCCCCCAAGAUGGCGGGCGCGGGCGGCGGCGCCAGGAGGCCCGCGCGGCCUCGCGGGGCCCAGGCCCCAGCCCUCUGGCGCCCAGGCCCGGGCCGGCUGCGGGCGGCGGCGGCGGCGGCGGCGGCGGCGACGACUUCUUCCUGGUGCUGCUGGACCCGGUGGGUGGCGACGUGGGGCCCGCGGGCGGCGGCGGCCAGGCCGCGGGGCCCGUGUGGAGGGAGGAGGCCGGGCCGGGCCCCGGGCCCCGGGGGGGCGAGGGCGGCGCGAACCCCGCGGGCCGCCCCGCGCCGGGGCCCCGCUGCCUGUCGGCGCUCCCGGCCGCGCUCCCCGCCCCGGCGCCGGCCCCGCCGCGGGCCGCCCCGCUCCCCGGGCCGGGCCUGGGCCCCGCCGCGGCCUUCGCGGGCACCGUGACCCUCCACAGCCAGAACCUGCUGCUGCGCUUCGAGAACGGCGUCCUGACCCUCGCCGCGCCCCCGCCGCCGCCGCCGCGCCGCCCGCCGCCCCCGCCGCCCGCCUGGGAGCCGGGGGUCGCGCCCGCCCCGCCGCCCGCGCCGCAGCCCGCGGGCCCGAUCGCGCCCCCGGCCGGGGCCCCGCACGCCGCGCAGCCCGGCGACUGCCCCGAGCGGCCGCCCGACCUGCUGCUGGCCGAGCCCGCCGAGCCCGCGGAGCCCGCGCCCGAGGAGGAGGCGGAGGCCGAGGCGCCGGCCCCGGCCCCGGCCCCGGCCGCCCCGAGCCCCCGCGCGCCGCCCCUGGGCCCCGCCACCACCGCCGCCGCCGCCGCCGCCGCCGCGGGCCUGCUGCUGUACCUGUGCCCCGAGGCGCAGUGCGGCCAGACCUUCGCCAAGAAGCACCAGCUGAAGGUGCACCUGCUGACGCACAGCAGCAGCCAGGGCCAGCGGCCCUUCAAGUGCCCGCUGGGCGGCUGCGGCUGGACCUUCACCACGUCCUACAAGCUCAAGCGGCACCUGCAGUCGCACGACAAGCUGCGGCCCUUCGGCUGCCCGGCGCAGGGCUGCGGCAAGAGCUUCACCACCGUGUACAACCUCAAGGCGCACAUGAAGGGCCACGAGCAGGAGAACUCCUUCAAGUGCGAGGUGUGCGAGGACAGCUUCCCCACGCAGGCCAAGCUCAGCGCCCACCAGCGCAGCCACUUCGAGCCCGAGCGGCCCUACCAGUGCGCCUUCUCGGGCUGCAAGAAGACCUUCAUCACCGUCAGCGCCCUCUUCUCGCACAACCGCGCCCACUUCCGCGAGCAGGAGCUCUUCUCCUGCUCCUUCCCGGGCUGCAGCAAGCAGUACGACAAGGCCUGCCGCCUCAAGAUCCACCUGCGCAGCCACACGGGCGAGAGGCCCUUCCUGUGCGACUUCGACGGCUGCGGCUGGACCUUCACCAGCAUGUCCAAGCUGCUCAGGCACAAGAGGAAGCACGACGACGACCGCAGGUUCCUGUGCCCCGUGCAGGGCUGCGGCAAGUCCUUCACCAGGGCCGAGCACCUCAAGGGCCACAGCAUCACCCACCUGGGCACCAAGCCCUUCGUGUGCCCCGUGGAGGGCUGCUCCGCCCGCUUCUCCGCGCGCAGCAGCCUCUACAUCCACUCCAAGAAGCACCUGCAGGACGGGGACACCUGGAAGAGCCGCUGCCCCGUCUCCGCCUGCAACAAGCUCUUCACCUCCAAGCACAGCAUGAAGACGCACAUGGCCAAGAGGCACCACCUGGGCCCGGACCUCCUGGCGCAGCUGGAGGCGGCCAGCGCGCUGACGCCCAGCAGCGAGCUCACCAGCCAGGGCCAGAGCGACCUCAGCGACGCCGAGCUGGUGUCCCUCUUCGCCGAGGGGCCCGGGGGCGGGGGCGGCGGCGGCGGCGGCGGCGGCGGGGGCGGGCAGCACGGGUCCGCCGCGGUGCUGGACACGGCCCUGGUCAACUCGGGCAUCUUGACCAUCGACGUGGCCUCCGUGAGCCCCACGCUGGCCGGGAGCCUCCCCGCCGGCGGCCACAGCAGCGCCUCCGUGGGGCAGCCCGUGGACCCGCGGGCGCUGAUGGCCACCGCCGACCUCCCUCAGAGCCUGGACACCUCUCUGUUCUUUGGCACGACGGCCACCGGCUUUCAGCAGAGCCCCUUGGACCUGGACGACGGGUCCGGGCCGGGCGCGGGGCCCUUGGGGUCUCUGGGCUCUUUGGCCCUGAAAACCUCCGGCCAGGAGCCCCAGGCCCUGACGCCCAGCAGCAAGCUGACCGCGGACACCGACGCGCUGACCCCGUCCAGCACCCUCUGCGAGAACAGCGUCUCCGAGCUGCUGGCGCCCUCCAAGGCCGACUGGGCCGUCCACCCCGACUCGGACUUCUUCGCGCAGGAGGAGGACGACACCCAGUUCGGCUUCUCCCAUCCCGCAGGGAGCCAUGGCUGCCCCAAAGAGACGGACCUCAUCACGGUGACCGGCAGCUCCUUUCUGGUAUGAGCCCGCGCCCUGCAUUCCUCGCCACGCCGCGCGGCGCCCGUGUCUUCGUUGCACGCGAUG